CCGAGAGGAAACACGGACAGGAAUGGAGUAGCAGCACAUUUCCGGAUAAAGACACCGAGCAGUAACUUGGGAGUGCAAUCAUAGAUGGGGAAAAAGCCUCGGAGAAAUCAAUGCUGUAUAUGGCCUCAGUGCAGGAUGAUAAUGGUUGGCAUGUAUGUGGAGGAUUCCUUGUCAGUAAAGAUUUUGUGGUCACUGCUGCGCACUGUGAUGUGAAAAGGGAAACAGCAAAGGUUGUUCUUGGCACCCACGAUCUCAGCCGGGUUGAGAAAACAGAGAAAUACAUUGCAAAUAUCUGCAAACACCCAUUCUAUAAGAGUGACACACAAGAGAAUAACAUCAUGCUCCUCAAACUGGGUGGGAAGGAUAACUGGCACUUUAAAGGACAACCAAUUCAACUUCCAACUUCUGAAAUAAACAUCAACAAAAAGUGCAGUGUAGCAGGAUGGGGUUUCACUGAAAGCAAUAAGCAUACAGUUAAUGAUCUGAGGGUGGUGGAUGUGUCUAUCAUCAACCAGGACGUCUGUAAGAAGGAAUCGUCUGGUCUUCCUGCCAAUGUUAUCUGUGCAGACAAAGGAUUAUGUAAGGGUGACUUGGGUGGUCCCCUGGUGUGCAACGGGACUGCUGUUGGUGUCGCAUCUUUCUACAAAAAUGAAGUCUGUGAUGGUCCCAACGUCUACACGGAUAUCUCAAAGAGUCUUACCUGGAUCAACAAGGUUCUGAAACAAAAUGAUUGUUAAAUCUUACACAAAGCUUUGCU